AUGGCGCAGGACGCCGGGCACAUCUACCUCUGCAGCACCGAGGGCCACGCCGUGGAGCCGCCCCCGGGCGGCCAGAUGGACUACGCCGGCCUCGCCUGCGUGUCGGACCCCGCGGACCCGGGCGGCCGCCGCGGGAGCUUCGGCGAGCUCGCGGAGACCGUGGUCUGCUCGUCGGCGUCGAGCGUCCUCGAGCUCGACGGCGCGCGCGCCGCCGUCGACAUCGCGGAGACGCAAAUCGACGACGUCACGCAGAUCGGGAGCGGCUGGCCCAAGCAGGUCGACUUCGAGUUCAUGCCCGGCGCCGACGACGACGACGAGGAGGAGAAGGAAAUCUACGAGGGCGCGCGCCUCCAGCACCUCGCGGCCCAGGACAAG